GCGCAGGGGGGCAUCUACUGGUUCACCCUCAUGGAUGCCUACAGCACCAGUUUUGGCCUCAUCAUCAUCGUCCUCUUCAUGUGUCUCGGUGUUGCCUUCUUUUACGGUGUGAACCAAUUCUGCCAAGACAUCGUGGACAUGAUCUGCCGCUGCCCGCCCUGGUGCAGCAAACUGGUCCUCUACUUCAAAGCCUGCUGGGUGAUCAUCACGCCUGGACUACUCCUGUUCACCCUCUUCUACAUCUUCCUGGAUUUGUCGAGCACAACUCUGCACUACGGAACCUACGAGUAUCCACGCUGGGGGGAGGCCCUGGGGGUCUGCCUGGGGGUCGUGACCUGCAUCCAGAUCCCGCUCUGGGCAGUCAUUGCUCUCUGCAAGGAGUCUGGGACACUGAUGGAUAGGUUCAGGAAAGCCAUCCACCCGCUGAAUUCCUGGCGGACCACAAGCGGGCGUGACCUGUCCCACCACGUCAUUGACGUUCCUUACACCGUGAACCUGACGGACCACGACUUCACGGGGGGCUGGCAGCAGCAAGGCAGCAGCGAGGCGUGAACGGGCAGGGAGGAGGCGUCCCACCCAGGAGGGGUGGCCACAGGCAAGCGGAGGCACAGCAGGGCCGCGGCCGUGAGGCCCAGAAGGGGCAGCCUGCUAGGAGAGCUGUCUUGAGGAGGACCCAAGAAAGGUGGCGCUCCGUGAAGAUAUGCUGCGGCUGGGCAGGAGAUGGUGGAAACUUUCUUUAAAAAUGGAGUAGAGGGCCCGGGUGUGCGACUGAGUGUUAAGACAUUGGAGAUGUACGUUGCUGGCAGACUUUACUCACUGGUUGCCUUUGCGUUUAGCACCAGUGCAGCGACCUUGGUUAGGCCUGACCUUUGGGCCCACCUGGGCGCUGAGCACCCUGCUCUCCAAGGGCCCCUCUCUGCUGCUGUGCUUGGGCAGCCGGAGCCCCAGCCCCCUUCCCCCCCAGCCUCCUGCCCCCCGUGCUGGGAAAGGUGGGUCAGCCUGCCUGUCUUCUACUUUAGCAUCCAGGGCAGACCAGAGUGAGCCUCGCUCGUCUUUGGGCUCCGUCCCAGCUGCUAGUUUGCAUUCUGCCUGCUCUGAUUGCCAACGGGAACAAGCCGGCCGGAAGGACCUCCAGGCCGGAAGACCUCCGACUGCCGGAAGCUGGUGGCCUGACCCAGGAGAAAAACCCUGUUGUUAAGCAACAAAGAACCGAACUCUGGAAUUCACAGCCAAGAGAAGGGAGACGUCAAGGAGACGUCCAUCAGUGGCUACUAGCCAGGGCGAAUAAAGGGAACCUCCAAAUGCAGAGGCAGUAUACCUCUAAAUCCCAGUGCCAGGAGGCAACAUCUGCUGAAGGCUCCGCCUCUAUCCUGCCUCUAUCCUUCCCCCCUUUAGGGCAAUUGGUUGGCCGCUGUGUGGGGUGGGACGUUAUGUAACAGAUACAUGCUAUGCUUUUAAUCAGACGAUACAUUUUCCCCUUUCUCCCUCCCCGCCUUCUUCUUUUUCUUUUUUGUUCAAGCAAGCAGCAGAAAGUUCAUUCUUCGUAUCCUUUGUUCCCAUUUUUCUUUCGUUAAAUCCGGCUU